ACAAAGAGUAUAAUAAUAUAUAAGGAACCAGUUUAUGACUUUGUGUUGUGAUACAAGUUAUUAUUUUCAAUCUCGAUUUUUACUUUUUAAAAUUUUUCAAUACCUGUACGAAAUUACGCAGCAAUGCAUUGUGCUAAGUAUUAAUGCAGUCCACGAGAAAAGGAUUAAAUAUCGUAUUAACUGGUUGGUGCAAUGAAACAUUUUAUACUUACUGAUUGUUAUAUUAAAUUGUAAAUGAUCAUACAUCUUAGCGAUGUCGCAUCACAUUUGGAGAGGAGUACCAUUGCAAUAUAUGUAUGGCUCUGAUUCGCCAUGGGGUACACCGGAAUUUCCUCUAGUGCGGCCAGCAAGCAACCAUACGGUACUGUAUCACAUACCAAACAACGGAGAUAUGAUAGAAAGGCCUCCUAAACCGCAAAUUGGACAAGACAAAUGGGACAAAGAUCAUGUUCGUCUACCGUGCUCUCCUCAGAGUUUGUAUCCUGUAUUUGAUAAUUUUGGAAAAAAGCGUUUGAGAGAAAGGUGGGAUAUAAUAGUAGAAGCUCUGAGCAAACCAAUCAGAAACAGCCAGGACCUGGUCAAUGCUAUCUUGACUUACAAUACAGGAUUUAGAGAUUCGAGAUUCUGGAAAUUUUCAGCACUUCAUAAAUUGUUUGAUGAGUAUCUGGAAGAAGAGGAAUCUCGAUAUUUCUUUGAUGUCACCUUGCCACAAAUAAUCCAACUGGCUCUGGCCUUGCCAAAGCUAAUACAAGCACCAAUACCAUUGCUCAAACAAAAUAGAACUUCAUCAGUUUCAUUAUCACAGGAACAAAUCAGUUGUUUGCUCGCAAAUGCAUUCUUCUGCACAUUUCCGAGGAGGAAUUCCAGAAAUAGGGAUGCUGAGUAUGCCACUUACCCAUUUAUUAACUUUACACCUUUGUUCAAUUAUAAACCAUUCGACAAUGUGUUGGAGAAGAUCAAAUGUAUUUGCCAUUAUUUUAGACGAGUGUGUACUAAAGUUCCUACUGGAGUGGUAACGUUCACUCGUCGCUCAGUCCCGCGGUCCGAGUGCCCGGAGUGGGCCAGGUCCACUCGCAAGAUGGCGGUGCCGGUACACGUGGACCCCGAGGCGAUCAUUGAGGACUUGGAUGGACUGAUACAAGUAGAUUUUGCCAAUAGGUAUCUGGGUGGCGGAGUGCUGGGAGGCGGCUGUGUGCAAGAGGAGAUCCGCUUUGUGAUUUGCCCGGAGCUGAUGGUGUCCAUGAUGUUGACCCAGGCACUGCAGCCCACCGAAGCCGUGCUCAUCAUUGGCAGCGAACGUUACAGCAACUACUCUGGCUACGGCUCCAGCUUCCAUUGGUCGGGUGAUCACGUGGACGCCACCCCCAUGGACUCGUCAUUCCGCAGACGAUGCGCGGUUCUGGCUUUGGACGCGAUGCCGUUCCCGAACAAGACUGCGGGCGAGUGGGAGGUGCAAGCUAUCGAGCGAGAGCUCAAUAAGGCGUGGGUGGGGUUCUCGAUCCACACGGAAGGCGAGGGCCUCCAGUACCCGGGAGUGGCCACAGGCAACUGGGGCUGCGGCGCCUUCGGGGGCUCGUCCACGUUGAAGUCCAUGUUGCAGAUCAUGGCCAGUGCCCAGGCCGGGAGGCCGCUGGCCUACUGCACCUUCAGGGACGUGGCCAAGAGGGACUACAUCAACCGGAUGUACAGCCGCAUGUGCAAACAUGACGUCACCGUCGGGCAAAUGUACAAAAUGCUCGUGCAAUAUUCCCAGACUGCAAACACCGAUGAGAUGAAGAUAUUUCUAGAGAGUAGUUUGGAACAACAUUGUAAACCGCCUGAAGUUAAACCGAAACAGAAACCGGAGCCGAUGUCCAUUAACCCUACUCCAGAAUCUGCUGCAGAUCAGAAACCCAAAGCUGAGGUAAAUAUAGAAAAAGAGCUGCUGAAAAACUCACCAGACAUGUUCGAAGGUGAUGAAAUAAUUGCUUCGAGCUCUGUAAAAAAUGAAGAUGAUAACUUCUGGAGCCGUAACCUGAAGCUGUUAUCACAAAUGGACAAAAUCGAUCAAAAUAGUGAUAAUCUGAAUCUAACUCCGACAUCAGAUAGUCAAAGAGUCAAAGACGUGCCCAUGGCCGAAGAUAAACAUGAAAUGGAGGUGUCGCCAGUUGUAAAAAAAAGUCUUGGUAAAAAAAUAACCGAUUAUUUUUCAAAGCAAUCUGAUGUUAAGAUGUCAUGUGAAUAAAAACUUUAACUUUU